UCCAUUAAGGGUGCUGAUGCUCAAGGCAGGGCUGGCGCUUCCUUUAUUCGUGCUAGCCUUUUGCUGAGGCACUGUCUUUCUACCAGAGCAAUGUCACCCCACCGCCUUGUGAUCGUGCGGCAUGGAGAGAGUACCUGGAACCAGGAGAACCGUUUCUGUGGCUGGUUCGACGCCGAACUGAGCGAGAAAGGGAGAGAGGAAGCCCAGCGUGGGGCUAAGGCUAUAAAGGAUGCUGCUUACGAGUUUGACAUCUGCUACACCUCUGUGCUGAAGAGGGCUAUCCGCACGCUCUGGUAUAUCCUGGAUGGCAUCGACCAGAUGUGGCUGCCCGUGGUGCGCACCUGGCGCCUGAAUGAACGCCACUACGGGGGCCUGACAGGCCUCAACAAGGCUGAGACAGCAGCCAAGCACGGUGAGGAGCAGGUCAAGAUCUGGAGACGCUCCUACGACAUCCCCCCACCUCCAAUGGAUGAGAAGCAUGCGUAUUAUCAAAUUAUCAGCAAGGCAAGGCGCUAUGAAGGUUUGAAGGCUGGAGAGCUACCCACUUGUGAGAGCUUGAAGGAUACCAUUGCCCGUGCCCUGCCCUUUUGGAACGAUGUGAUUGCUCCCCAAAUCAAAGCUGGCAAGAGGGUACUAAUAGCUGCUCACGGCAACAGCCUUCGGGGGGUUGUCAAGCACUUGGAAGGAAUGUCCGACGCUGCCAUCAUGGAACUCAACCUCCCAACUGGGAUUCCCAUUGUGUAUGAGUUGGAUGACAACCUGAAGCCGACAAAGCCUAUGCAGUUCCUGGGUGAUGAAGAGACCGUGCGGAAGGCCAUGGAGGCUGUGGCAGCCCAGGGCAAAGUCAAAAAAUGAGAGGGAAGAACAGUGGGUUAAAUAAAUGGUUGAACCAAAAAAACA